AUGGAAUCUUACGAAAAGAUUGGCACGAUUGGUGAAGGAACCUAUGGCGUGGUGAUGAAAUGUCGAAACAGAGAGACUGGACAAGUAGUUGCAAUCAAGAAAUUUAAGGAGUCUGAAGACGACGCGCAGAUACGGAAGACUGCUUUACGAGAAGUUCGGAUGCUCAAGCAACUCAAGCAUGACAAUAUCGUGAAUCUCCUCGAAGUAUUCAGACGAAAAGGGAAACUUUAUUUGGUCUUUGAACAUGUCGAUCGCACAGUUUUGGAAGAUUUGGACAAGCACCCUCAUGGAUUGGCGGAUUUGCGUGAUCGAGAUGGCAGUGUGGGGAAUGCUGUUAGAAGAUGCAUGUGGCAGCUGUUGAGGGCUGUAGAGUACUUGCAUUCGCAUAGUGUUAUACAUCGAGACAUUAAACCAGAAAACAUAUUGAUAUCAGUCAAUGGUGUUGUAAAGCUAUGUGAUUUUGGAUUUGCUCGAUCUCUAGCUGGGCCAGGCGCCAAAUACACAGACUAUGUAGCAACACGUUGGUAUCGCGCCCCAGAACUCCUCGUAGGAGACGUAGAAUACGGCAAAGCAGUCGACAUUUGGGCAACAGGAUGCAUCCUAGCUGAAUUAACCAACGGACAACCCUUGUUUCCCGGUGACACCGACGUGGAUCAAUUAUAUCGAAUCGUUAGAUGUCUAGGACCGUUAUGUAAACGCCAUCUCGACGUCUUUAUGCGAAAUCCCAUGUUUGUGGGUGUUCGUGUGCCUGAUGGCGGAAUGGGGUCGAAUAAGCAUACGUUGGAAUCGAGAUUGGCUCAGUUGAGUCCUGAUGCGUUGCAUUGGCUUCAUUGCUGCUUACAAUAUGAUCCCGACCAACGAGCUUCAGCGAGACAAUUAAUGUCACAUUCAUUCUUCCAAGGUGAUGGAUUUGCAGACAAGUUUGAAAACGAGUUGAGAAGGCUGUUUGAAUUGGAAAUUGAACAGAAUGCUGCUGAUCGACAGAGAAGGAAGCGUAAAACCAAGCAACUCUAUGACCCACUUGCACAUCGCGCUCUGGAAUCACGUCGUGAAAGUCGUCAACCGUUGGAGGAUUUACAUAAUAACAAGAAGCAAGAAGAGAACAGGGCAUCAAUACCACCCAUCCACAACAUCCCUCCUUACUCUCGCCUCAACGGCUUCCCAGCAGUAAACACCACAACACCACAACUCCCCUUCUCCACCCAACAAACAAGCACACUCCCCAUACAACAACAACAGCCACUCAUACCAUCCACACUCCCCAACACCCAAAACAUGAACAUCCCAAACCAAAACAUGUCUCCACAAGUGUCCCUCUUACAACAACAGCCUAUCGCGCCACAGCAACAACAAAUACAGCAACAGCCACCAACAACAAGUCAUGGCCAGCCCAUGAAAAAGAAGAACAAGAACGAGUACGGAUUUCAUGGUAAUGCGUAUGGGCAGCAUCCACCUGCUACGUCACAUGGAAUCAGUAAUGGUGUGAAUGGGAAUAACAAUGGUGGUGGUGUAAACAAUUUCUUGCCACGGAUUUCACAGUUCAACAACAAUGGUCCUGGACCGCUUAUUGGAACUGGUGUUCAUGGUCAUCAUGGUUAG